AGGGGCGGGCAGCGCGCUCCUGCGGCGGCCGCGGCGGCCGUGCUCAUCCCGGCGGCCCAGCGCGCGAGCGGACGCGGGGCUUCGCAAAUGGCUUGUCCUGCGCUCGGUCUGGAAGCUCUGCAGCCCCUGCAGCCGGAGCCGCCCCCCGAGCCCGCCUUCUCCGAGGCGCAGAAGUGGAUCGAGCAAGUAACUGGCAGAAGUUUUGGCGAUAAAGAUUUUCGGACUGGAUUAGAAAAUGGAAUCCUUCUCUGCGAGUUGCUGAAUGCUAUAAAGCCAGGACUUGUUAAAAAGAUCAAUAGAUUGCCUACCCCCAUUGCUGGAUUGGAUAAUAUCAUCUUAUUCUUGAGAGGUUGUAAAGAGCUCGGCCUUAAAGAAUCUCAACUCUUUGACCCGAGUGACCUCCAGGAUACUUCCAACAGAGCAACAGUCAAGAAUCCUGAUUAUACAAGGAAGCUGAAAAAUGUUCUAGUCACCAUUUACUGGCUGGGCAAAGCUGCAAAUAGCUGCACGUCCUACAGUGGUACUACCCUGAACCUGAAGGAGUUCGAAGGAUUGUUGGCUCAGAUGAGAAAGGAGACUGAUGACAUUGAGAGUCCUAAGCGCAGUAUCCGAGACAGUGGCUACAUUGAUUGCUGGGAUUCCGAGCGCAGUGACUCCCUCUCCCCUCCUCGCCAUGGCAGGGAUGAUUCCUUCGACAGCCUGGACUCCUUUGGCUCCCGCUCCCGGCAGACACCUUCACCAGAUGUAGUGCUCAGGGGAAGCAGUGAUGGGAGAGGAAGUGACUCUGAAUCUGAUUUGCCACAUCGGAAGCUGCCAGAUGUGAAGAAGGAUGACAUGUCGGCGAGGCGGACUUCCCAUGGUGAGCCAAAAUCAGCAGUGCCUUUUAACCAGUACCUCCCGAACAAGAGCAACCAGACGGCCUAUGUCCCGGCUCCUCUGAGAAAGAAGAAAGCAGAGCGAGAGGAAUAUCGGAAGAGCUGGAGUACUGCCACCUCCCCUCUGGGUGGGGAGCGGCCCUUCAGUUAUCCUGAAACAAUAGAGGAGGAGGGAAGCGAAGCGGGGUCUCCAGGUGAAGAAGAUCCAGCCGGCCACAUGCAACUUGGGGGGCGGCCUUGGGAUACUGGCUUAGAGUCAGCGCACAGCAAUGAUAAGGAGCAGCCGCCUACACUGGGGGCUGAGCUGGCGUCAGCUCCCAAGUCGGAAGACGCUGCGGAAAUCCAGAAACGCAGAAGGCUAGAGCAAGCUGGAAUCAAGGUCAUGCCAGCAGCACAACGUUUUGCCAGUCAAAAGCAAUUAAGUGAAGAGAAAGAAGCUUUUCGUGAUAUUAUCCUUCGCAAGGAAAAUUCUUUCCUGACCAACCAACGUAGCAAAGAUUCAGAGGCAGAAGAGGAGAUUCCAUGUCGGCUGCCCGACCUUGAGAAAGAUGACUUUGCUGCGCGGAGAGUAAGGAUGAACCAAACUAAGCCUGUGGUGCCUCUGAGUCAGCUCCUCUAUGGGCCUUAUCGAAGGAGAGAUGCGGAGAAGCCAGGUGGCAGCCAACAGCUCUCAAAGGGAGUUUUGGAAGAGAAAGGUCUGGAAUAUAAAAGAAACCAGGGCCAAACAGAAGUAGUGACCUGUGUUAUCCGAGCUCAGGAGAGUGAACCGGCGGAGAAGGGCCUCAGGAAGGUGCCAGACCUACACAAGGAUGACCUGGCCCAGCGGAGAAUUCAGGGCAGCUCUGCCCCUCGCCGUGAGGCUCCGUGCUUCCUCGCUCCCUCCACUAUUACUGAAGCUGACUUAGAGACUUGGGAGAGAUUAAAAGUGACAGAAAAGAAGAGGGAUGGCGAUGCUCAGCACCUCUGUGCCCCUGAGCCUUCACCAGAAAUCAAUGCGGAAACUGCCCUCCGCGAUGACUUUGCCACCCGCAAGGCCAGGGCCUAUACUAAAGCUUCCAGCCCAAAGCAAAAGUUUGUGCACUUUGGGCCCGUGACAGAGAUAGAUCAGCAGAAAUGGAGGCGGCUCAGCGUUGGCAUGGCGGGGCCUAGGGAGGCUGUGGAAGUUGCCGGGCAUGACAGCAAGAUUCAAACUUAUUCUGUGUCUCCUGCAUCGGGGGACACUUCCAGCCUGAAGGAAAAUGAAAUCCUGAAUCCACAAAAUGACUCCAGUCACAGGCUCGGGAAUUCUGCCUUAGGUGGUUACGAGAGGGUCUCGUGGCUGGCUCCUGUGCCCGAGUCCCAGGAGGAGCAAGUCUCCAGCUUGGGCGAGGGCCCGAGGAGACCAGAGCAAGUUACAUCAAAACAGCUGCCUCAGGAUGGCAAAGAAGGAAAUGAAGGAGUUGCUCAAAGGAGUUCUGUGAUGCCACCGAAGGCAGAAAGAUCAGAGGCGCUCAGCCAGCCCCCAUACGGCCCGAGAACUCCUGUGUCAGAUGACGCAGAGAGCACGAGUAUGUUUGACAUGCGGUGUGAGGAGGAAGCCGCGGUGCUGCCGCACAGCAGGGCCCGCCAGGAGCAGCUGCAGCUGAUAAAUAACCAGCUGAGGGAAGAGGACGACAAGUGGCAAGACGAUCUGGCUCGUUGGAAGAGUCGGAGAAGAAGUGCUUCUCAGGACUUAAUCAAGAAAGAGGAAGAAAGGAAAAAAAUGGAGAAAUUACUGGCUGGGGAAGAUGGGAAGGGUGAACGAAGAAAAAGCAUCAAAACCUACAGAGAAAUCGUUCAAGAAAAGGAGCGGAGAGAGAGAGAGUUGCACGAGGCGUACAAGAACGCACGGUCCCAGGAAGAGGCAGAGGGGAUACUUCAGCAGUACAUCGAGAGGUUCACCAUCAGUGAGGCUGUUCUUGAGCGCUUGGAGAUGCCAAAAAUUCUGGAAAGAAGCCAUUCAACAGAGCCAAACUUAUCCUCCUUCCUGAAUGACCCCAGCCCCAUGAAGUACCUGCGGCAACAGUCACUGCCUCCACCCAAAUUCACUGCCACUGUUGAGACCACCAUUGCCCAUGCCGGUGGUCCAGAUGCCAGCGUGUCAGCAGGCAGUGGGUCUCCAAGCAAAACUGUCACCCCUAAAGCAGUACCUAUGCUGACCCCCAAGCCUUACUCCCAACCCAAAAACUCUCAAGAGGUUCUGAAGACCUUUAAGGUAGAUGGCAAAGUCAGCGUGAAUGGAGAGACAGUCCAUGGAGAGGAGGAGAAAGAAAAAGAGAAGCCUGCAGGGGCACCUGGCCCCUCCUUGACCAAAUCCCAGGUGUUCGAAGGCGUGGCCAGAGUGCACGGGUCCCCAGUGGAGGUGAAACAAGGCAACAACAGCAUUGAGAUCAACAUCAAGAAGCCAAAUCCUGUUCCCCAGGAACUGACAGCAACCACUGAAGAAACUGAACUGAACCCCGAAGAGGAUGAAAAUGAUGGUGAAAAAGAAAGAAAAGGGAAUGCAGAGCUUGCCUCAUCAGAGUCACAGCAUUUCACGACAACCGUGACACGAUGCAGCCCAACGGUGGCCUUGGUGGGGCUCUCCUCCAGCCCACAGCUGAAGGACGGCAUGCCAGAAGAAGCAGAUGGGAAGAAGCUAGAAAAUGAGAUGGGUGGAAGGGUGCAGUUGGUGCUGUCCCAAAAGGUGGUAAAGCCAAAGCCCCCGGAACCAGAAGCAACGCUGAUGUUUCCAUUUCUGGACAAAAUGCCUGAAACGAGCCAACUACAUUUGCCAAAUCUCAGUUCUCAAGAGUCGCCUGGCACAGCCAGUGUUCCGCUGAGAGUUCAGAACUCUUGGCGACGUUCCCAGUUUUUCUCCCAGUCAGCGGAGUCUCCAAAUAAUGAAAAGUCUCCUCUAACUACACCUUUUAAGUUCUGGGCCUGGGACCCGGAAGAGGAGCGGCGGCGACAGGAAAAAUGGCAGCAGGAGCAGGAGCGUCUGCUUCAGGAGCGCUACCAGAAGGAGCAGGACAAGCUAAAAGAAGAAUGGGAGAAGGCCCAAAGGGAGGUGGAGGAAGAGGAGCGCAGAUACUAUGAGGAGGAGCGUAAAAUAAUUGAAGACACUGUGGUUCCAUUUACUAUUUCUUCGAGUUCUGCAGACCAACUGUCUACAUCCUCCUCUGUCACGGAAGGCAGUGGGACAGCGAAUAAGACAGACUUGGAAAACUGUCAUGAUGAAGACAGAGAGAGAAAACAGAAGAAACCGUUCCAGGGGAAUGAUAAUGACACGCUGCAUAAGGAAAGUGAUCUGCUGGAGGAGAAGGGCAGCCUAUCCCAAGGGCCACGGGCUCCCUCUGAGAAUUCCACAUCAAAAGGAACCCAUCAAGACCAUCACCUGGAUACAGAGGUUGGGACCCUGCCUUGUGGGACAAACCCACUGCCAGCUCAGGAUCCAUCCCCGAGCCAGCAAGCAGCAAACCCAGCGACGCACACAGUAGAAGAGGUGAAGCCCAAAACCCUGCAGCUGGAUAGAAGCAUCAACCAUCAGAUCGAGUCUCCAAGUGAAAGGCGGAAGAAAAGCCCUCGGGAGAACUUCCAGGCUGGGCCCUUGUCCCCUUGCUCUCCUACCCCUCCUGGCCAGUCACCAAACAGGUACAAGAGGUCUAUUAGUGGGAAGAAACUGUGCUCCUCCUGUGGCCUUCCGCUGGGGAAAGGAGCUGCGAUGAUCAUCGAGACCCUCAAUCUCUAUUUCCACAUCCAGUGUUUUAGGUGUGGAAUUUGUAAAGGACAGCUUGGAGAUGCAGUGAGCGGCACGGACGUCAGGAUCCGCAGUGGUCUUCUAAACUGUAACGACUGCUACAUGCGAUCCCGAAGUGCUGGCCAGCCUACAACGUUGUAAUGCGGUGUUCAAGCUCUCAGAUCGCUGACCAUUUCUUUUUUGAAGGUGUCCCUGGCAACUGCUUAACAAAACCCCAAGUACAGGGGCUACUCAGCAUUCAUCUAAUUUCUCAAAGGUGGUGUCUGUUCUUUUGGAGCAGUGUUUGUGUUUCCUUGAGGGCUUUCUGUUGUUGUUUAUUGUGGAUUUUUUCCCCCUGCAUUUGCACAGUAUAUAUAGAAGAAUAUCAAAUUGUAAUCAUCCUGAAUAGUUCAAAAAGAGGUUUUAACAUGGUCCAACGGGCUUAUGGUUUAAAAUGUGUUACUCUCUUCUUUGGGAAGUAGCUGAAGGAUGCAAUGAACCUGUUGUGUUGUAGUAUUUCUAGAAAUUAAGUGCUUUAUGUUUACAGAAUUAAGCUGCAGAAAGUGCCAGGCAUGCCAAUUUUAGUGAUCUUCUAAGACAGGAGAAUAAAUGUAAUACAUUUUUGGAAAAACUAAACAUCACAGUGAGUUCUCUCUAUGAGCUAUAACUUGUUUUUAAUGCAGAGACCCUAGUCUGGUAAUAUAUACUGUAAUCCUGAAAACAUUUGUGUUACUUACCUUUUGAGGCAGAAGUCAUACCAAUAAAUUAUUGCACUGUUAGUAUUAGAUUUUGUGUACCUUGGAAGUGGUGUUGUUAAUAUAGGCUGGUUCUUCAGACACAGAGAACCCUUGCAGUAGCAGGUAGACUUACAAUCGGAGACGUUGCCCAAGGGUAGGAGGAAUCCAGGGGAAGUACUUCAGUGAUCAUCUUCUCCAAACCUGUUGAACAAAAUCUGUGAGGAAGUUUCAUCUUCAGAGUGGCAGGUCGGUGGCAGCCAUGAGGCCCAGGUGGCCUGCUUCUCUCCAGGCACUAGAUUAGGAAUCUUCAGUAAGGGGCUCAUACAAGGUGUGUGAAAUGCGAGGCACCAAGCUAAACCUGUCAUUAGGUGUGAUGACUGCUCACCUUUGGGAGCCACAUACACAGGUGUCCAGAGAGAGACAUUCAGUCCAGCCUAAGAGACUCCAGAUGCCAUGGGAUGUGGCCAGCAAGAAGCUGCAGCUCAGAUGGUGCCCGGACACGUGAACAAAGACAGUGCACCUUCCUUUUCUGACAUCUCCUUCUCUACUAUCAAGAAUUCUGGAUUCUGCUCAUGGAGUUUAGAAAGGAACUUAGUGGAGACUUGACUUAUUUUCUGCCCUGUGUGAUGUUUCAGCUGGACAAGAAAGAAAUCAAGUGACUAACACCCAUCACAAUUUGCAUCCCCGGCUGUUUUCUUCCAGACUGGAGAAAGGGGGACUAUUUAUUCUGCCUUAAAAUGAUGGCAAAUAAGUGAAGAUGACACUUCGUGAAUGUAGACUAUGGAUACACUCCUAGUAGGUUAGUGUAGUCGUAGGAACAGACCAAGUAGAUGUGUUUCUUUAUGUAAGCAAUAUUUUUUUCUGUCUUACUGAGUAUGGCUAGCAAUUAUUUAUUUCCAUGCUAGAUGGUCCUUUGCAUGUGGGUUCAUGUAGGCGCAGAAAUUUCCUCACCACUGGACGUAUUUGACCACUUUGUCAUUUGGACGAGCUGUGAUUAGAUUGAAAUUUAUACAUCACUUCAUUAAAAAUUGUGCCUUAGAAAACGCAGAGCUGUUGCACACAGCCAGCAAUGAAUUAUGGAUGCAGUACACUGAAGAAAUGAAGUCACUUCCGAACUCCCACGACUUCUCAUGGAAGUGUUUUCUGUUUUACAGGAAAAAAAGAAAAAAGAAAAAAUUAAAACAAUUUUAAAAAUGUACAGAUUAAGUCCAAUAUUUUGAUUAGCCACCUGCAUGUUUUAUUAACUAUUUUGAUAAUGUGGAUGUUUACACUUUGCAUGAUAUUAGCAAAGUACCUUACCACAAAACAUGUACAAUAUGGUCAUUCAUAACCAAUUUUUAUAGAGUACUUUUUACAUGUGGAAUUCCAUCCAUUAUGUAAGGAUUACAUGAAUAUUGCACAUUCUCUCCUGGUUUCACACUCAUUUAUACAUAUUUCUUGGUAAGACUCAUUGUACAAGUCAAGACAAAUAAAGUCGCGUUCUCCAACUGUAAAACACGCUUUCCCAUAAUGAGCAGUAGUCACCAGCACAGAAUAAUCUCCAACAUUUUCUAAAUUCUAAUUGCCAACUGUUUCUAUUUCUAUUUGAUUUAUAUUUCAUUUAGAGUCUGUUACAUGGCAGCUUAGGCAGACUAGAUCUUGUUUUUUCCAGGACAACAUAAUGAGUAUGAUCUAUUUCCUUUCAAAUAAUCUUUGAGAUCCCAGGAACAUAAAAUGCUGUGCUCUGUGGAGCUAUAAUGCAAAUGUGUUUGUUUAAAAAACAGAUGAGGCAAGUGAAUGAUUUAUCGUCCUGAGGAAAUAUAUCUGGUUUUUCCCCUCAUACUCCAAAAGCUAGUCUCUUUUCUUUCCUAAAAAAAAAAAAAAAAAAAGGGUAACUCUCUGUUUUUCAUGAGUAAACUUUCAUGAUGUUUCUUCAUUCUUUCUAUGUAGUAUUAUUAAUGCAACACAUAUUCUAAUUAUCUAUACACAGCAUAAGAUUUAACAAACUGAAAUGAUCCACCUCAGAUGUGAGUCUGUCCAAAAGAUGUUAUUGUCCUGGGUGGGCCAACGUUCUGUAUCAGUUACACUAAUUUUCAUUUACAAUAUUUAUUCUAAAAUGCCUCUGAGAACUAGUAAAAAAAAAAAAAAACAAGUUAUCUAAAAUGCACAGCUUUUAUAGCCAAUGUACAUUUAUAAAUAAAAUACUCAAAUCAA